AUGGACAACGACACUGGUUCCCGAAGCCUGCUGCAAUCCGUGCUUGGAUUCUUCACCUGGAAACAACCGCCAAUUUUGGCAAAGCCGGCGUUAGUGAGAUCACAGAAACGCGAGGACUGGCUACGGACGGCUGCAUUUCUGCCGCACGAUGAUCCUAGCGAGGCUGACCCAGAGAGCGUUAGAAGGACUCUGUGUGAAUGUGAACACCUUGUUCAAGACGACUCCGACUCUGAUCGAGAGAUGGAUUUCGAGCAGAGCUUCCAACAACCCGAACAUGAGCAGUAUCCGACGCUCUGCCGCAUGAUCGAGAAUCCGAACCGCGAUCCACAUGCCCCUGUCACUCGCAGUGGUAAACGGAAACCAGAAUACGACGAUGUCAUUCAGGAACUUUCGCAUUUGGAACACAAGAGAAAGAAGCACCGAGUUCUGCCUCGUGAAGAGCCUCGUGAAAAGCCUCGUGAAAAGCCGACUGAUGGGCCCAAUCUCGAAGACCGCGAUGCCAAAUUCGCUCUGCUGAUGAGGAGAUAUCUGGUGUCCUUGGACAAUGCGCUGCGAAGACACUGGGUUUGCGUUUGCCAGAAGUGCUCGGGGUUAAGCGUGAGACUGUCGCUGCCACAACACAAAAAGGAUCUCGAGGCUGAGGCGAGUUUCGAAGUAUUCUUCGGCGUGCGGGCCGUACCUGCAACCGCAUUGCAAGAAGCUAAAAUCACGGUCAAAGACCUACGCAACAGCACAUUGAGGCGCUCAUCUGAGCAUGUAAUUAGCAGCCCACCCGAAAUUGCCCACAUAUGCCAGAGCAUCACAGAGUCCGUCGGUGAGCGAAAUUGCUUGCAUUUCGCUCUCGAGGAUGGGGUAUUUCAGAGGCUUCGCCCGCAACCGAAGUCAUUUGGUAGUGACCGAAUAUCUCGGACGGUAUCCUUGUCGGCAUUGUUCAACCGCCAGCAAGAACUACUUGGUGGUGCACCGAUACUGUCACGCAAGGGAAAGGAGGUGUUGGCUGUUACACUGGCUUCAGCACUCCUUCCCUUCUUGGAGACACCGUGGCUGCAGUUUUCCUUCAAUCACUCAAUGAUCCAGUUUUUCGAGCCACGGCAGGAUGGAGAACUCCCCGAUAUCACGAAACCUUUCCUGACUCUGGAGCACGUUCCAGCCACCUCAGCCCGCAGUACGCACACCGGAGACAGCUCUGGCGCCUCGAAACACAUGGUGCAUCACAACGCCAGUGUGCUAGCGCUAGGCAUACUCUUGUGCGAGCUUCAUUUUUGCACACCUGUCCAGCUGAUGGCAAAGAACCCGCAAGUCGCCAGGAACGUCAAUGAUGAUUUUUACACCUGUUGCGAUUUGCUUCCGACUCUGGAAGCCGACACUGAUGCGGAGUACUAUCUCGCUACGAAGGCAUGCCUUCUUGAGGAGUACUAUCCCAAUGGACAGUACACUGACUUCGAGGAUGUCAAUGUUCAGCGGUUGUUCUACCAAAACGUCGUCAAACGACUUGAGGCCGUGAUAUUCAACACAUACGGCAUUCGAAUAGAGAAUUUGGGUUUAUUCGAUUCUCGACAGAAUGAAUCCUAUUGGGGCCCUAGCGGUCGAGAAUUUGUCCGCCUUCAUACAAGCAAGGUCGAAGUCUCUAAUGAAAACAAUACAGCAAGGGCAAGUCCGUAUCGUCCAAUUUCUGACACCACGGCCGUGAGCUACGCACCCCUCCACUCAAAUCUCGUGCUACGGAUGUCGGCCCAACCUUCUUCGGGAUCGCAAGCCCACGGACACCUCGCUGAGCGUUCAGAGAAGCGCUUGUACUUUUUUGAUGCAAGCCACCAGACGCGUCCUGAAGAAGAGAACUCACUCUCGGAAAGCUGGAUGGAAAAUCUGCUGUCCUCGAUCCAUCCCUAUAUUGACCUUGAUUUCGACCUUGAUUUCGACCUUGCCGGACCGGUUCGAGUAGCGAUUUUGGACUCUGGACUCGAUCCUGAAAAUCCAUCUCUGAUCGAGGACCAAAAACUAGACAAUCCACGAAUCAAGGAAGCGCGAAGUUUUGUACAUGGAACAGAAUCGCACGACAUUCGAGACGAGAUAGGGCACGGUACUCAUGCUCUUGGUCUCCUUCUCAAAGUUGCCCCGUGCGCCGAGAUCUAUGUCGCCAGAAUUGCGCGACGAGAAACUCUCGAUCCCAAUACCUACGAUGACAUUGCAAAGGCAAGCCUGUCUCUUUACCAGAGCUGCCUUUUUGGACUAAGCUAA